GUCCCAACUCCCAUCCGACCUGAAAUGACCAUCCCUACGCCGUCAUCUUGUCUCUCCCUUCUUCGGUCCCUACUCAGCAUUCGUCAGGCACGUCUUUAAUCGAACCAGACUUGCGAAUAGAUACCUUUCCUCGUCCUAAUAUCUACCUACUUCCUACGACACACCUACGAACCCAACCCUCCAUCGUCAUCCUCUUGACGAUUUUUUUUUCUUCCAAUUUUUUAUAUGAGCCCAAUCUCGGCUCGGACCACAUGCUCUCAAAAGAAACUGCAGUCGACCCCCGCUGGUCUGGGUUGUCCCCUGUCAUCUUGCGCUGCUGCAGACAGUUCACCGCGACCAGGGCCUGUCUUCUCCAGUAAAGAGGCACCAAGAUACCACAGACACCCUUGUCGCCCCCGUCAGCAAGCUCAAAGAACUGGUCCAAGUCGCGCCUGGGCGUCCAGUCCAUCGCGAUAACAAUCACACCUUGGGAAAUACAGUCCCCUCCUCGCUGCAGGUGGCCUCCAAGAGCCCAAUCGCGUCACCGGCCGCCAACUCAACGGCCAUAAUAAUACGUAGUACCUGUGUACGGAGUACGAAUCGCACAACACAGAGUGCCAACGAUACGCACCCCCACACACAAACACAGUCACAACUCCAACAUAAACCCGCCUUGCCUGGCUCGCACAAGUCACAAAAGAGAGACCCCUCCCGCAGUCGUCUCUCGUGAAUAGUCCCUUUACGGAUAACCUCGUUCUCCCCGCUCUCGCUCAGCUCUCUGCCUGACUAGCUCGACCCAGACCGGCACCCCGAGCCCCGAUCCCAACGUCCGUGCCUUCGCCUCUGGGCCCUCAGCAUGCUGUCCGCCGUGGCGACGACUCUGCCGCAAUAACGAUGGCAGAACUCGAGACCCGUACACCACCGGAUCCAGAUGCAGACCCAGAACAAGACGACGCAGCAGACCUCGACCUGAACACCACGGCCUACCGAUACACGGCGGACACCCACUUCACCGACGACUACACCGAUACCGUUCGCAACACCGAUGACGCCCGUCCUCGCGACGCCGAUCCCAUGGCAGACUUCGUCCAAACUUCCGCUCCCCGCCCGGACGAGGGGUCCAGAAUGCGAUGCUGCUGCGGUCGCAACGAUUGUGCUUAUUUGAAGCAUAGCUGCUCCGUGCUCGAAACUGUCGAAAAGGAUGUCCAUACCGCCGCCAAGUUGGGCAAGGCCCUACUUGCUCGUCAUGAGGCAUACAUGGCCGAUGCCGAACGAGAUCGCAUGUCCCUUACGAGCCGCAUAGAGCAGUUGGAAACCGAAAAGGUGGAAUUACAGGCCGAGAACGCGAGGACCGUCGAAGAGAACCGUACCCUACUAGAUCAGCUCGAAAUGCUCAACAACACGGUUCAGGAUUCCGAUAUACGCAUCCAGACCCUUGAGGCUACCCUGCUGUCGUCUCACCAAGCAGUGCGGCGUCUCGAGGGCGCCGCGGCUCGUGCUGCGGAGAUGGAGAGGCAUAUUGCGCUUCUCGAACAGGAGCAGUUGCGGCUGCAAAACACCUUAAUCACGACCGAAUCCGAGGCCCGCUCCGCCAUGCAGCGAUGGAGAAAGGCCGAGAGAGGCAUCUCUGACCUUCAGGAACAGCUAGAGCGUAUGGAAAAGGAGGCCAAGGAAGAGCGUGAACGCCAUGCCGAGGUUUUGGGCCGGGUGGAGCGCCAGCGUGAGAUGGAAAAGGAACUGAACCUUGCCGCCGGACGCCUCAAGGGAGCUGCCGCCACCAAGUCGCUCACCAACGGGAAACCCGCCACCAACGUGGUAUCUCACUUUGUCCGAGACUUGCUGCAGGACAAUGCUAAUCUGCAGCUGGGCAUGGCCGAGUUACGGGAAAUGCUUCUCAACUCGAACGACGAAAUUCAGGCCAUGCGGGACCAGCUCAUGCGUCAUCAACCCAUCGGGGAGGAAGACGCCAGCGCUGCGUCGACCUUGCGUGCUGAAAUCGGGCCAGAAUUGGGCGAGACGAUACAGCACAAUAUUUCCCAGCAAGUGCACAUCCACCACCAUUACCAUGUUGCCGAAAAGAACAAGAAGAAGAAGCGCCAUAGCCUGAACCCGGCAAUCUUCUCCCCCGCCAGCGUCUCGCGAUCGUCCACCCCUCCUCCGGCCGUAUGGCGACCCGGCCCCUCACCAGUGACCCCCAGGGCCUCGCAUUCUCACACGGGAUCAACGUCAACAGUUUCGAUGCCGCCCUCAAAUCGGUGGUCCGUCUUCUCGGAGCAGCCCUCUGAAUUCGCACCGUCGUCCGUCCCGAGUUCGCCUCAGUCAAAUCCUCGUCUUUCCAUGUUCGACCGCCCAAUGCUGGAGACAGACAUACCCAUGUCUCCGACGACCAGCUUGGAUCCUACGUCGCCUACGUGGAAAGUCUCUCACCACAAGCGCCCUUCUGAGGCGUCAAUUCGAAGUUUCUCUGUACCUCCAAAGUUUCUGAACUUGGGUUCGCCAGCGCCGCCAGCUGCCCCGACAGUACAUGUCUCUCAGCCUAUUUCGUCUACGAUUGAGGAAGAGAGAGAGGAUCACAGCGGUGAGGAAGUGCCCGGGUUACUCACUUCCAAUGAGGACCACGCAGAGACAGAAACCGAGACCGAGACAGAAAUCUCAUUCUCCAAGGACGAAGAGCUACCGCGGAGAGCUCUACACCGUGCCGUCUCCCACGAGUCAAUUAUGUCGUUGUCGGGAGGCUUGGAUAUCCACACACUCAAAGUACGACCGAGUCAAUUGACCCUUCGUCCUCUGGGUGGGGCGGAUGCUGUAUUCACUGGAGUCACGGCACGGUCAACGAUAUCGAGAGGAAGCGAUCGACGGAGUGACGCCUUGCUUCGCGAUAGUCUGGCAGGGCGACCAGUGUCGAGGAUGGUUUCCACUCCGGUUCGAAGUGCUUCGCCAGCAAGCACACAUUCUCAAGGUUCGCAGAACUCUGGAGGAAUAGGCCGAUGGGUCAGCUGGAGGCCUUGGACUGGUGCGGCAGCAGGCCGAGCCACAACACCCACGCAGGCACCGCCAACACCGACACCAACACAACGCAGCGGGAAAGAGAAGCAGAAGGAGAAGGAAUUCCUCAGACCGCCGGGCAUCAAUCAAGCCGGUGCUAUUCCAGGUUUCCAAGAAUACCUGGCGGCUCAUCAGCGUCGCGGUCCUCCGAGCAAAGUGUCGCCUGACCAGGUGGACGUCGAUGCACUUCGAGAGGUGUUGGAAGAGUGAGGCUGCAUGGCUCGGUGUGAGCAUGGUCUACUGCAUUUCAGGGAUACGGGCGCUAUCCUUUAUUUCUUUUGUCGAAUUUUCUUGGGUAUACAAACAAACACAAGUGGCGUUCAGAGAACCUGGGCAUAGUUGAGGAUGGAAGCUGAAGAUACCCUACUGCUUUACGCCGCGUCUGCAUUCGCGUUAUUUUUUUUUUUCAACCCAUUUCUUUUGUUACACAAGCCGGGCAGCAAGUCGAAAUCGAGACGGACUGACCAACGACUGGGCACUCUCAUCAAAGGCGCCAUAUCAUCUACACAGAGCUACAAUCAGCAUUACAGAAUGAUGCAUCGACC